AUGCCUCGCACUCCCGCGGCACGCGCCAAUUCCCCAUCCGACAGCAGCCCCACACGACAAGGAACCGUCAUGCGGGAUGUAUAUCAUUUCAUCAAGAAAGAGGGCGUGAAUCCAUAUCCCUAUGGGGACGUCUAUGGCGGCCAAAGUGAAUGGCGGGAGAAGUGGAUGAAUUUGGAGCCGAACCCGGAUCCCUAUCACACUCAUGUGAGGGAUAUCUCCAGUGCCGACCACCAGUGGCCACAUUUACGUUUGCUGGCCGAUUUUAUGAACAUUGGCACAGUCACAGCACGGUGGCAGGAGAACCCCGCCGAAGACGACGCCCGUUCGAGAGCGGGACGAACAAUGCGCACCAACACCCGGGAAAGCCUCAAAACCGGCUUGGCUGGCUUGAAGCCUGACCAGAAUCUUACGCUCCGUCUUUUCGUCGUAGAGGACCUCUCGCGAACCGUCAUUGAAGCACUUGGUUACAAGUUUGGUGUGGAACCUGACUUUUUCCGCGAGCAUCUGUACGCCUAUGCCUGGAAUAAUCCGCGCGAUCCCUGGAGAGAUGCCACAAACCUUGAGGUUGACCUCGAACAGCGGCGCUGGUUACAGAUAAGGUUUCCUCGCGCACGGUACUUCCAGAAACAUACGACUUACAGCAUAGAUGCUCGUGGGGAGGAGAUGAAGUUUAACGUUGAGCGUCGAGCAGAUGACGACGAGAACCGCGGGUCUAUUCUUCUCCUUGAUCCGACCAUACAGAACGGAUUGCCGCUGUGGAAAGGAUACAAGAAUUGGGAGAAGCCUCCUUAUCCCCUGCGGAGUGAUCCCUUGCCGGAGGGCCCCAAGCAGACGUCGUUUUUUGACGACUUUGUUUACUGGGCCCAGAAGCCAGAUUGUUUUCCUCAGCUGCCAUCAGAAGAAUGCCCGUCACACAUUCACAUCCCAGUGGCUGCCCUCCUCCAUCUGCUUGCGUCAGAGUGGCUUCUGAUCAUUGAUUAUGUCAAAGCCCGCCUGAAUAUCAUUGAUUGGGAACUUGCCUACCCCCAGCACUUUGUCAAAAACCCCGACGACAUAGACGGCCGCAUGCGCAAGCUCCACGCAUGGCGCCGCUUCAUCCCUGUCUUCCGCGAAAUGCUCUCGGACAUGCUUCUCCACGUCUUUCACAGCUCCUCGCACAUCGAAACCAUGCGUGGCGGUGACUUUGAUACGCGCGCCUGGCUCGCCCACCAGACUAACAAUGACGGCCGCGUCCACGACCUCGUCACCGAUGUUGUCUUGCAACCGUACAAGCGCGACUUUGCCCUUGUCCUUGGCGCCAUGGAGGAGUUCCAGAAGCGUCUCGAGCGUCUGACCCAGCUGGCGGUGCAAACGUCCAUCGUUGACGACUCGCGCCGCAGCAUGGCCGACAACCGCAAUCUACACCGACUCACGUGGCUGGCGACGCUGUUCCUGCCGUUGAGCUUCAUAGCCGCGCUUCUGUCGAUGCAAUCCAAGGUGUCUGAGCUGGGGCACACAUUGCGGAUGUGGGCGGUCAUUGCUGCGCCGAGCGCUGGAUUGACGCUGUUCGUCGUGCUGCUUAUCAGCUCGACCACGGCGAAGAAGGCCAUGUCGGAUUUCCCAUGGUUUGGCAACUGGAAACCGUUUGUAAAGAAGGAUUCCAGCCGUAAGAGAAGGUGA